AUGGUGAUUGACAAUUCUAUUAUCCAUCAUUCACUUCAUUCGUCUGAAACAUUUUGCAGUCGUGCAUUUAAUCCGAUUUCUCAUAUGCCUCACCAUUCUCCACUUAAAUCGAUUGAUUGUACUUCAGUAUAUCAUCCCGCAAAUUCUUCAUUGCAAGAAAUCACUAGUACAAAUUAUAACAUUAAUGAUUUUCGCAUGGUUAAGCUAGUUCAUGCUCAUCGAGUUGGUAUGAAAGCAAUGGAUACAAUGAGGAAUCGAAAUCUUGACGAUCCUCGCAGCUACGCCAAGUUCACUCGAAAUCCUGCAUAUUCUGAAGAUGUGCGAUGGUUAUUUUCAAUUGCUGUUCAGCUUGGUAAUAUCUUCGCCCAAACCUUUUGUGAAGUUGCUGCUCGUUCAAUUAUGUCACCUUAUGUGCUUUUUUCUUUGGUUCAGGAAUCUGCAAAAAUUUUUCCUCCGAACGCAUUUCAUCCUCCUACAUUGUCACAGAUUCAUCUGCAGAGAAGCCAUAAUUCAAGUGGUGCCACAAAAAGUACUAAUGCACCUGAUGUGCGUUUGCUUCUUUUGCAAAGUGGUUUUUCUAAUCAUACUGCUGAAUUAAUGCAACGUUGUGUUGAAAUGUUUUACAUUGCAGCCACAUCACGGCUUGGUCAUUCCCGUUUUUCUAUUUCUGAUAUUGACGAUUUACAGGUGAUUCAGUUAAUCGCAGCAGCCCGUGAAGCGUUUUAUUGGUUGCCUGGUCAUGGCCGGCUAUAUUUUGAAGAGUUUUUGUGGCAUGUCCGUAAGCAGAAAGCUUAUAGAAAAGAUGUGGCCCAAAGAAUUACUGAAUAUUUGCGGCAGAUUAAAGUUGAUGAAAGGAAAUAG